AUGGUUACUUUCAACAUCGAGGUCAUCUCAGACCCAAUAUGCUCGUGGUGUUUCAUCGCCCAUCGCGCCCUCGAACGAACAAUCCGCUUAUACCGAACCACAAUCCCCAACGGAUCGGCCGACAUCUUCAACGUAACCUAUCUCCCUUACUACCUUCUCGAUCCCACAUUACCAAGCAGAGAUAAAACGGAUUUACAAGGAGUUAUUACACCACGCAAACACCAGAAUAUAACCUAUACACGCAUCACGCAAAUUGGGCGCAGUUAUGGGAUACUGUUUAAUUUUUUGGAUGGCAAGAUUGGUGGUACGAGGGAGGUGCAUCGCUUGAUCCAACUUGCGCAGAGUCGGAAGAGUUCGGAGAUUAGGGAUCGGGUUUUAGACAAUGUAUCUGGAGCGUUUCAUGAGAGGGCGAUGGAUAUUACGGAUCGUGGGAUUUUGAGGUCAAUUGCUAUUGACGCAGGCGUUGAUACAGUGGAGGCUGAUGAAUGGAUGGAUAAGGACAAGGAUGUUGGUAGUAAAGAACUCCAGAUUCAACUUGAAAGGGCUAGGGAUUUGAUCGGCACUAAUAAGGGGGUGCCGGUUGUUAUUGUACAGGGCAAGUAUAGGUUUGAUGGAGCACCGGAUGUUUCUGAGCUGCUUGGGACUUUGGCGGGUAUUAGGGAUGGAAGAUUGCCUGAAGAGAAAGAUAAAAUGCAAGAGCAUACUAGCUGUAAUGCUUGCUAA